AUGAAAUGGGUUGACACAAAGAAUCGUCUUGGAUCCCUUUUCGAAAACUUGAGCAGAGAUCAGAAUGUUGUGCCAACACGGUCGACGAGUAGAGAGAACCAGAGAGAAGGGAACGAGACUGACGAUGAGACUCAUUUGGUCCAAAAAUGUAAUAUCUACGAGAUUCAGUACUUAGCUUACUGGAGAGACGGAGGGGAGGGAACGAAGAACAAGACAGAGACAGAGAAAUACGUCAAAUGGGUCGAGAGUGUAUACGAUUUAAUGACUCCGUACGUUUCGAAAUCUCCGAGAGGAGCUUACGUAAACUUCAGGGACCUGGAACUGGGGAAGUACGUAGGGAUCAGGACAAAGUACGAGGAAGCUAGGGUUUGGGGAGUUAAGUACUUCAAGAACAACUUCGACAGACUGGUCAGAGUUAAGACAAGCGUUGAUCCUACAGAUUUCUUCAGAGACGAACAAAGUAUUCCUCCGUUUCGAUCUCUCACCGAUUCUUGA